AAUUCGACCCAAUAAAUAGAGUUGGAGCUUCUCCCGCUAGUGAAAAUGAACAUUACACCAAAAAAAUCCACGUUAUCGUACCAAUCAGCUGCGGACUGCCGUAAAGCUAUCGUCUACACCAAACCAUUAAUCACCGACCAAGGCCCGCUAUGAUUAAAAGCUAUUUUCUAGCAGGGAAAGGGAAGGAAAGGAAAGGAAAUGAAAUAAAAUAUCAACACAGGACAAGGAGGCCAAAAAAGCAACAGAGAAGAAUAUUCAAGAGCUACAGAAAUGACUCUGGGCCUCAUCAAUGCGAAUCCCGUGGUUCACGCUAAGAAGGAAAGGGUCGUCCGCUCCGAAGAUCUUCACUGUGACGAUGCUGUGGAUCCACUCGAUAUCUAUGAUUUUGUAAGGGAUAUAAGAGAUCCAGAGCACCCAUAUUCACUGGAACAGCUCAGUGUUCUCUCAGAAGAAUCAAUCACCGUUGAUGACAAGCUCGGCCGUAUUUUGAUUACUUUUACUCCUACCAUCCAACAUUGCAGCAUGGCAACAGUCAUUGGCCUUUGUCUUAGAGUAAAAUUACAAGAAUGUUUCCCUCCUCAUUACAAGGUCGAUAUUAAAGUUUCUCCAGGAUCUCAUGCUGAUGAAGAAUCAGUGAAUAAGCAGUUAAAUGAUAAAGAAAGAGUAGCUGCUGCUCUAGAGAACCCGAAUCUGCGCCAACUUGUGGAUGAGUGUCUUUACUCCAGUGAACUUUGAUAAAUCAUAUUCACUUACCUUUAGCAGCUGUACAUAGAAUUUAAGUAAUGCAGCAAAUGACUUGAUACAUAAAAUUGAUCUGACGAAUUCAAUUUAUCCUAUGUUGGUAUGAAUAUUUGCUAAUUCUCA